AUGGCGACUAAACCACAUUCGGGAAAUUAUCUGUCACAGUUCAAAGAUCACAAUUUGAAUAAAAUGAAACUAUUCACAGCUGCUCAGUUUGUGGAGGUGUGGCACCACUAUGAUAGUGACGGUAACGGAUAUAUUGAAGGGAAGGAAUUGGACAAGUUUUUACGGGAAUUUAUUUCAAGUGUAUUUUCGGAUGAGCUCGGAGGAGAGGUUAUUGCAGAAGAUGACCUAGAGCUGAUGAAAAAAGAGUUCAUGAAAACGUUUGAUGAAAAUUCUGACAACCGAAUUGAACUGUGCGAGUUGGCGAAAAUCCUUCCAACGGAAGAAAAUUUCUUAGUGUUGUUUCAUCAAGAUAACCCACUGGAAUCGAGUGUGGAAUUUAUGCGCAUUUGGAAGCAGUUUGACAAGGAUCGCAGUGGGUUCAUUGAAGCUGAUGAGUUAAAGGAGUUUUUAAGACAUUUGCUGAAGAAAGCCAAACCCAAUGAGGAAAUCGAUGAAGCAAAAUUGCAGGAAUAUACUUCAUCAAUACUGAAACUGUUUGAUCAGAAUAAAGAUGGGAAACUUCAACUCAGUGAAAUGGCUCGUUUACUUCCAGUCAAAGAAAAUUACUUAUGUCGACCUAUUUUCAAGAACGCAUCCAAAAUCACGUCGGAGGAUAUCGAUCGUGCGUUUUCUUUGUACGACCUGGACGGAAACAACACCAUUGAGGAUGAAGAGCUGUCUGGGUUCUUAAAAGAUCUGAUGGAGCUCGCCCAGGAGGAUUACGAUGAAAAUGACUUGGAAUUUUUCAAAGGUACAAUUUUGAGCCAAUGGGACGUUAACAAUGAUGGAAAAAUCAACAGGGAAGAACUCAAAAUGAUGCUCCUCCAACAGUCGCGACUCAUGUCCAGGGGACAGAAAAGCGAAUAAACCUCACGAAUCCAUGGGUGCAAAUCAGAAUUAAUAUUUCCUCCGUUGAUCAAGUUGUAUUUUAUCCAACUGAGGAUCAGAUUUGUACAACUCGUUGUUGUUUUAAAUGAAUCUCGGAAAGCUGUUUACACAAAUGGCUAUUUUUUAGCUAAACUAAUCUAUUGUUUAUCUUGUUUCUUCUAACCUUGAUUCAAUCCUCACGUUUUUUCCACGUAGAUGAAGGUCCG